UACAAUAUAAAAGCAGACGGAGCUGGAAGUCCGUCACUCAGAGGGACUUGGCUCUCCUUUUGAAGCCUGUGCAUCUUCAGCUUUCUUUUGCUCAGCCAGCGAACAAUCUUCAACACAGCCACGAUGAGGAAAGCCAUGUCAGUCUCAGGGCCGUCCAGCAGAAGGUCUGCAUCUUACACCUCUUUCAGCAGGACCAGCGGGUCUAACUAUGGCUUCGGCAGCCCUUCCGUCAUCUCAAAGUCAACAAGCUACAAUGUUGGUUCUGGCUUCGGCAGUGGCUUCGGCGCUUAUGGUUCAGGCGGACACCAAGCUAUCGUUUCACAAACAAUUACACCUGUCCAAUUCAAUAAGAGCAUUCUGGAUCCUUUGAACCUGGAGAUCGACCCCAGCAUCCAGGCCGUCCGCACCCAGGAGAAGGAGCAGAUCAAGUCCCUGAACAACCGCUUCGCCUCCUUCAUCGACAAGGUCCGUUUUCUGGAGCAGCAGAACAAGAUGCUGGAGACCAAAUGGAGCCUCCUGCAGGAACAGACCACCACCCGCUCAAACAUCGACUCCAUGUUUGAGGCCUACAUUGCCAACCUGCGCAGACAACUCGACGGGCUUGGCAAUGAGAAGAUGAAGCUGGAGGGAGAGCUGAGGAACCAGCAGAACCUGGUGGAGGACUUCAAGAAGAAGUAUGAGGAUGAAAUCAACAAUCGCGCAGCUGCUGAGAAUGACUUUGUGAUCUUGAAGAAGGAUGUCGAUGCUGCCUACAUGAACAAGGUGGAACUGGAGGCUAAAGUUGAUGCUCUACAGGAUGAGAUCAACUUCCUCAGGGCUGUGUAUGAAGCUGAGCUGCGUGAGCUGCAGGGUCAGAUUAAGGACACCUCUGUCAUCGUGGAGAUGGACAACAGCCGUGACCUUGACAUGGACUCUAUUGUGGCUGAAGUGCGUGCUCAGUAUGAGGACAUUGCCGCCCGCAGCAAGGCUGAGGCAGAAAGCUGGUACAAACAGAAGUUUGAUGAGAUGCAGAGCUCUGCAGGACAGUAUGACACAGACCUGCGCUCAACAAAGGCUGAGAUUGCUGACCUAAACCGCAUGAUCUCUCGGCUUCAGAACGAGAUCGAGGCAGUCAAGGCACAGAGGGCCAACCUUGAGGCUCAGAUCGCAGAGGCUGAGGAGCGCGGCGAGCUGGCGGUGAAGGACGCCAAGCUCCGCAUCAAAGACCUGGAGGACGCUCUCCAGAAAGCCAAGACAGAAAUGGCCCGCCAAGUGCGCGAAUACCAGGACCUGAUGAACAUCAAGCUCGCCCUGGACAUUGAGAUUGCCACUUACAGAAAACUGCUGGAGGGAGAGGAGAGCAGACUGAACAAUGGUGGCUCCAAAGCCAUCAUCCAUGUGCAGCAGUCCUCUGCAGGAGGUGGACUGUCCAGUGGAUUUGGUAUGGGUGGCAGCAGUGGAUUUGGUAUGAGUGGCAGCAGUGGAUUUGGUAUGAGUGGCAGCAGUGGUGGUUAUGGCAGUAGUGCCAUCACCAAGUCAACAGUCACAUCAACCAGUUCCAGGAGAUUUUAUUAAAGUCAGACAAAGGAGAGCCAUCCUUCUUUCCCUUCAGAAACUCUUGAAAUUAGGCUAAAUCUGUGCCCUUACAUGGUGCUAUGCAAUGCUGUCAAAAUGUUCAAAAUAAAGGCUGAACGAUUCAAAAAUAAUCACUUCCAAAAAUGGCAACUUUCUAUGUUUUGUUCAAGAGAGAGCAGAUGUUUUGUUGAAGGUUCAAGUCAAUUAACAUGACAAAUGUCCUUUCUUCUAUCUGCACUUACAUCCACAAAAAAAA